AUGACGACAACAACAAGAACGACAACGACGCAGCCACUUAAAGGUAGCAUCCAAAUCGCCUGCUCUCCCAAUGGCACAAUCAAAAAUCAACAGCAGGAGCCGCCGCCGGUGAGGUCGCUGGGUGGCAUAAAUUUUCAAAUUGUUAGCUCGGCCUGUGGACCACUUGAACGGAAAUGGCUAAUUCCAGCUGCUGAGAUUGCCGCCACCUCGUGGCUGCUGCUCCAGUGUCUGAUGUCUGGCAGCUGUUCCCCACCGACACAAAAAUAUUCGCUUUUUCGUGUGCUCCAACGUCCCACGCCACUUCCACUUUCAUUGGAGCACGACUUUCUUUACAAGAGACCAAGAUCACGAUUUAAUUGUGGUUUGACAAAGCUUUGUAAGACGUUGGCAUCGGCAUCGGCGUCGCUGUCGCCGCUGCAAUCGCAGCCAGUGCUGGCAGCAAACUGGUUACGUCUGCGUCGCGGCUAUCGCCUGAUUCUUGACGUCGCACGAUUCUUGUUUCAUAAAAAGUCUUUGGGUAACUUUCUUGAGCUUCAUUCGCGUUGGAAUCGCGGCUCUAAACGUAUCGUGUGGUUCGUUGAAAUGAAAGUCGCAUUAUAUCUGCUUCCAUUGUUAGUUGGCGCCGUCGUUGCGCAUCCAACACCUGAGGAUGCCACAAGUAAGCCAUCCUUACCCAUCAGCUUUGCCAGCGAGGCUUCCCAGCUCAUAGCCACGCAACUGCUGAAGCACAAUAAAGACAUCGACGCCAAUCAGGUGCAUUCCCCCUUGGGCGUUGCAUCGAUAUUGGCGGUGCUGGCCGAGGCCUCAUCGGGCGAGACCUAUGCCGAGUUUAACAAAGUCUUUGGCUAUCCCAUGCAACGUUCCCAACUGCGCGAGGCCUACAGACGCAUAUUGGGCAACUAUAAGAACCGGGAUGCGGGCGUGGCACUGCCCUCUUUCCAAACCUGGCUCUACAUCUAUCGCAACUACACGGCGAACGAUGACUACAAGCAACUGCUUCAACAGCAUUACCACGUCGACGUAAAGGAUAUAAAUCGCCAGGACUACGACUGGAGCGAUCCCAACACCUCAUUGACUUUAGAGGGCAGUGGCAGCGACCCCACUGAGCCCAGCAAUAGCAAAGAUGUCAUUGGAUUCGAGACUUUGAAGCGCAUUAAUCUGGAUGAUGAUGCACCAACCACAAUUGCCGACAAUUACGGUGAGGAGGUGCUGAAUAAGGAAGCCUCUAAACUGGAUCGCGACAUAGAUGACAAGCAGUAUGUGGAAAAACCUGUUGCUUUGGCCGAGGCUGAGCAGCUGAAGAAGAAACAGGAGGAGAAUGAGAAGGUGGUGGAGAAGGAGAAGGAACAGCAGCCAACAACAACAGAAACACCCAUAGAGUUAGCGGUCACUGAUGCCUCAGUGGAAAAACAAGAAAAACCAGCUGUUGUCGUCGCUGAGGCAGAGGAAAAUCUAGCGGAUAAGCAACAGAACAAACGCAGCGAUGCCGAUCUGAAUGUGGAGGAGAACGAAACGGUGCAUGAGGAUGAGAAGCUGCGCAAGCAGCAGCCACAGAACGGUGACCAGGUGCUGCUGACGACCGGCAAUGAACCUGAGAAGGUGCGUCUGCCGUUGCAGAAACUGGAAAAUGCGGUCAAGAAGGUGGCCAAGGAGACGGCCGAUGAGAUUAUGAUAGCGCUGGAAUCACAUCUCGGGGCAGUUAGCCGGGUUUAUGGAGGACGUAGUCUCUUCCGACCCGAUGAUAUUGCCUCUGCAUUGAGCGCCAAUUCCAUAACAGGUCGUGCCGUUGGCAGCAAGACCAAAAUGCUGCUGUUCAACGGACUCUACUAUCGUGGUAGCUGGGCCCAGCCUUUCUACCAAUUGCGUGAUGCCGAUGAGUUCUUCUUCAUGACCAACGAUGAUGCAGUCAAGACACCCAUGAUGCACACCAAGGGCAAGUUUUAUGUGACGGACUUGCCACAAUUGAAGGCGCGUCUCUUGUCGCUGCCCUAUGAGAAUGCCAAAUACGGUCUCUCCAUCAUACUGCCCAACGAUCCCGAGGGCCUAGCCGAUGUCAUUGGCCAGCUGCAGCCCAGCGACUUCAAAUAUGCGCGUGAGAAUGCCAAACUCUUGGACUUGCAUGUGACUUUGCCCAAAUUCCAAGUGGAGGAAACCUCCCGCUCUGAAUCCAUGCUGAAACAAUUGGGCCUGAAGCGACUCUUUUCACGUAAGGAGGCUGAGCUGAACCUAUUGUCCGACCAGGAUGAGGACUUGCAUGUCGAUGAGAUAGUGCAGUUCGUCAAUGUACGUGUGGAUGAGGGCGGCAGUGGAGCUAACUCCUUAUCUGCAGCCACCAUGCAGGCUCGCACACCCACUCCAGAUGCCACACUUCCUGUGCCGGAGCCCGAACCUGAGCCAGGGGUAGAGAAAUUCGAUGUAAAUCAUCCAUUCGCAUACUUCAUCAUCGACACGGAGGAGCAAUUUGUGCUGGCAUCGGGCAAAGUCUAUGCGCCCGAAUUCAAGGAUGAGCUGCCACCCGUCUCCAUUGAAGUGGAACUGGAACAGGCGUAG